GUCCUGGAAGCCCGAUACGAUUUACAACGACUUUAUCCGCGAUUCUACCAAGCGCAAGCGGCCCAACAGCAACAACAGACCUUCCAAUCCAGCGCUGAUGUCGGGUGGCUUGCCGUCGCCCGCCAUGGAACACAAGGGCCGCGUCGAGGACGGCACAAAAUCUGUGAAGAAGGCCAAGACGGAGCAGAAGAAGCGCAAGCACGAGAGCGAAGGCCCUGUCAACGGCGAUGCUGUCAAGCAGAAAAAGGCCAAGGUGGUCGCGGCCCCAGUAGUGAAAGUUGAGGACGACGACUCUGCGCCAGAGGAGCAGUCCAGUCAGAAAAAGUCAAAGAAACUGCGCAAAGAGGAAAAGAAGCGACUGAAGGAGCAACUGAAAGCGGAAAAGGGAACUGCGGAGGGAGCGCACGAGGGAGAGGCAGAGGAUCAGGUCAAUCAGGAACUGAAAGAAGCCGCCACAGAUGCCGGUGCUCAUGCAGAGGAAGAGUCGGGGGACGGGAAUGAAGAGGAGUUCGCUCAAUUCGAAUCUGAUGAUGUGGACCAGACUGUAGAGAAUGGUGUAGAGCCAGAAGGAGAAGACGAGGAGGACCGGGAAGAAGAGGAAGAGGAAGAGGAAGAAGAAGAAGAAGAAGAAGAAGUGCCUAAAGAGAACGGACAUGCUGGCGAGGCCACAGAUCUUCCCUCAGAGCUCGGGGUGGCACUGCCCAAUACUGCCGAAGAACCGCAGAAGUUCACUGAUGUCAAUCUAAGUGAAAAGACGAUGCGGGCAAUCAACGAGAUGAAGUUCGAGAACAUGACCGAGAUCCAGCGAAGAGCUAUGGGGCCUCUUCUAGCAGGAAAGGAUGUCUUGGGAGCAGCGAAGACUGGUUCGGGAAAAACGUUGGCCUUCCUGAUACCAUGUGUGGAACUGUUACACGCGCUGCGUUUCAAGCCGCGAAAUGGAACUGGUGUGAUUGUGGUGUCGCCCACAAGGGAGUUGGCACUCCAGAUCUUUGGCGUGGCACGAGAAUUGAUGGAGCAUCAUUCACAAACAUUUGGUAUUGUCAUCGGAGGCGCGAAUCGGAGAGCGGAGGCGGAGAAGUUGGCCAAGGGUGUCAACCUGCUCAUUGCCACUCCUGGACGACUCCUCGACCAUCUGCAGAACACGCAAGGAUUUGUGUUCAAGAACGUCAAAGCUCUCGUCAUUGACGAAGCUGACCGAAUCUUGGAGGUUGGAUUUGAAGAUGAAAUGCGCCAGAUUGUCAAGAUUCUGCCCAAGGAAGACCGCCAAACCAUGCUCUUUUCUGCCACACAAACUACGAAAGUUGCAGAUCUCGCGCGAGUGUCACUUCGCGAGCGACCGCUAUACAUCAACGUGGAUGACAAGCAAGAGUAUAGCACUGUCGCUGGUCUCGAGCAAGGCUACGUGAUUUGUGACUCCGACAUGCGGUUUCGCUUACUAUUCACCUUCCUCAAACGGCACCCGAAGAAGAAGAUCAUCGUCUUCUUCAGCAGUUGCAAUUGCGUCAAAUACUACUCCGAACUGCUGAAUUACAUCGAUCUUCCAGUCCUCGACCUCCACGGAAAGCAAAAGCAGCAGAAACGGACGAAUACAUUCUUCGAAUUCUGCAACGCAACUUCAGGAACGCUCAUCUGCACAGACGUGGCGGCACGAGGUCUCGAUAUCCCUGCUGUGGAUUGGAUUGUGCAGUUUGACCCCCCGGACGACCCACGAGACUACAUUCACCGCGUCGGACGUACUGCGCGAGGUGCUAACGCCAAAGGAAAGAGUUUAAUGUUCUUGCAACCCAGCGAAGUAGGCUUUUUGUCACAUCUCAAGGAAGCCAAAGUGCCUCUCGUGGAGUUCGAGAUCCCGCCCAAGAAGAUUCUUGAUAUUCAGUCCCAACUGGAAAUGCUGAUCGGCAAGAAUUACUAUCUCAACAAGUCGGCCAAAGAUGGCUACAGAUCCUACCUCCAAGCCUACGCAUCACACUCUCUGCGUACAGUCUUCGAUAUCCACAAGCUCGAUCUCAAGAAAGUGGCAAAAGGUUUUGGAUUCUCUGUUCCUCCGAAAGUCGACAUCAACCUUGGAGCGAGUAUGAAGAAGCCCGACCAAGCGAGACGAAACUAUGGAAGCCAGCCCGGGCAACGGAAGUUCCAAGGUGGCAAGCCCAUGAGACGGUAGAAGGCGAUGAAAGCGUGUACAAAGUUCAUUUCGCCUUGUUGGGCUUGUUCAUCAUGUAGGCAUGAUAGUGAGGCGUUUUCUGCCGAGGACUGGGCUAGGAGAAAAGGGAAACUUCCAACAUCUUGCUGGCCGUUCCAUACUUCUAUCUUGUUGAAUACCGCAGCAACGUGUAUCUGGGGCGGAGGUUCACUGAGCAAAGACGAACAAGCGAGACAUGUGCUGUGUAUGUCUCACUUGUCCGUACAGCAGCAUUCGAGACGGCAAACGCUGCAUCUGGCAUUCAAAAUGUAUCUUUUUUU